CCCAGGCUUCCAGCUGGAGCUGGACCUGAGAGCUAAAGUGGUGUGCGCGCGCCUUCGCCCUGUUGCGUGCUCGGUGUCACCUUGGGCGCGAGCGGGGCUGUGCGCCCUCGGGACCCGAAGCCGAGGGCAACUGAGGGACGAUGGCUGUGGCAGCGAGUCCCGGGGCCGGCGGGAUGGAAGGGAAGCCCCGUACCUCCCCUAAGUCGGUCAAGUUCCUGUUUGGGGGCCUGGCAGGGAUGGGAGCUACAGUUUUUGUGCAGCCUCUGGACCUGGUGAAGAACCGGAUGCAAUUGAGUGGUGAAGGAGCCAAGACUCGAGAAUACAAAACCAGCUUCCAUGCCCUCACCAGCAUCCUGAAGUCAGAAGGGGUGAAGGGCAUUUACACCGGGCUGUCUGCAGGCCUACUGCGCCAGGCCACCUAUACCACUACUCGUCUUGGCAUCUAUACUGUGCUCUUUGAGCGUUUGACUGGGGCUGAUGGUACCCCCCCUGGUUUUCUGCUGAAGGCUGUGAUUGGCAUGACUGCAGGUGCAACUGGUGCGUUUGUGGGAACACCAGCUGAGGUGGCUCUUAUCCGAAUGACUGCUGAUGGCCGGCUUCCAGCAAAUGAGCGUCGUGGCUAUAAAAACGUGUUUAAUGCUCUGAUUCGAAUUGCCCGGGAAGAGGGAGUCCCCACACUGUGGCGGGGCUGCAUCCCUACCAUGGCUCGUGCUGUUGUUGUCAAUGCUGCCCAACUUGCCUCCUACUCUCAAUCUAAGCAAUUCUUGCUAGACUCAGGCUACUUUUCUGACAAUAUCCUGUGCCACUUCUGUGCUAGCAUGAUCAGUGGCCUCGUCACUACCGCGGCCUCCAUGCCAGUAGACAUCGUCAAGACCCGGAUCCAGAAUAUGAGAAUGAUUGAUGGGAAGCCAGAGUACAAGAAUGGGCUGGAUGUGCUGCUGAAAGUCGUCCGCUAUGAGGGUUUCUUCAGCCUGUGGAAGGGCUUCACACCAUACUAUGCCCGCCUGGGCCCUCACACUGUCCUCACCUUCAUCUUCUUGGAGCAGAUGAACAAGGCCUACAAGCGUCUCUUCCUCAGUGGCUGAGGUGGUUUAGAGGUCCUGGAGCUGGUAUGCCGGGACUCCUAGUGACCCACUGCUUCUACAGUUGCUGUGCCCGGGGGGCCCUGGACUCUGCUGCCCUAGGCUCCUCUAUUUAUUCCCCUCCAUAGUGUGGUUUCCUUCUUUUUGGUAAAGAACUGAUUGGUUCUCUACAGCCCUGCUCCAGCCUGCCCUGCUUGGCCUGAUUUUCAUGAUCACUUUGUUCCUGGCUGUUCCUUGGGGGAGCUGGGAACUCCCUAAGGAUUUCUAGUCUCCCCGCAAGUAUUAGUUUCAGGGCACACAAUGGGGAAACUAAGGUAGGCCUGAGGAGACAAGCGAGAGUAGAAGCUAUCAAGAUGAUCAAAGUUGUCUACAGUGGGAGGAUGUGGCCUUUCCUCCUUACUGAAGACUUAAUAAAUUGGAUUGGUAACACCACUCCCACAUCUGGAUAGUCUUAAGGAUCUGUAGGGGAAAGAGACUGCACAAAGAAACUGAUGUCUCUGAAAAACAGAAACUGGAAUUUUUAAGAAAAAUUAUUAAAGAAAAAGCAUUUGCUGGUUUUAUGAAAA